UCUGAAUGUUAUGUCUUGACAGCAAUGGCCUAUGAUCGCUAUGUGGCUAUCUGCAAUCCACUCAUGUAUAAUGUUGCCAUGUCCCCUAAGGUCUGUGCCUUCCUCAUGUUUGGUUCAUAUUUGAUGGGGUUUUUUGAUGCCAUGAUCCACACUGGAUGCAUCCUGAGACUGACCUUCUGUGAUGGGAACACCAUCAAUCAUUACUUCUGUGAUCUCCUGCCUUUGAUGAAGCUCUCCUGCACUAGCACCUAUGUCAAUGAGAUUGAGAUUUUCAUUGUAGGGGGUAAAGAUAUCACUUUACCCAGUAUUGUCAUCUUUAUAUCUUAUGCCUUCAUCCUUUCUAGCAUCCUCCAAAUAAGGUCCACUGCUGGAAAGUCCAAAGCCUUCAGCACCUGCAGUUCCCACAUAAUUGCCGUUUCCAUGUUCUUUGGAUCAUGUGCAUUUAUGUACCUAAAACCCUCCUCAAUUGGAUCUUUGAACGAGGGAAAAGUAUCUUCUGUUUUCUAUAAUAUUGUCGUCCCCAUGAUGAACCCUUUAAUCUACAGCUUGAGAAACAAAGAUGUUAAAGUUGCCCUGAGAAAAACUCUGAAUAGGAAUAAGGUUUGAUGAGAAACGUACUGUCUUUGUCACAAACAGUCACAAAUGCAUGAUUUUUCGAGGUAUAGUGCCUGCUUCAUGAUCUGAUUUCUUCAUUAUAGUGUGGUAAUUUAUAUUUUUCUUUGCUAGCAUGGUUUUGGAAAAUGAUGUUCAUGAUAUGUCUUUAAAACGACUGAUUGUUGUUGGAAAAUGUUGUUCAAUGUUAUCUCUUUAAAAUGACUGAUUGCAUAUU